AUGGCGAAGCGCAUCAGUGCGGAGAUCGAUGAGCACAUCCAUCACAACGUCUGCAAGCCUACCGAUGAGCUGGCUCAACCAUAUACAUCAUUAGAGAAAUAUGGCCACGUCGCUUCUACCGCCGCUAGAAUUGAACGCACGCGGUCUGGAUUUGCUAUUGCAUGGUUCCGCUAUACGACUUUCCAAUUCUACGACAACAACACUUUGCGAUUUUUCAGCGGCGUUGAUUGGAGGGUAUCUAGUCACGAUGUUCGCCAGCUUGCCAAGGUCUACGAAGUCAGUUUGUAUCUGUCAAUCUCCGAUACACCUGAGCGCGGAAAAGCCAAUGGCACGGAUAUUGGAUCGGAGUAG